AUGGACUCGUACGGUCAAAGAUCUUACGGCGGUGACCGGAGGUUCGAGAUUGUAAGCGGGAGGAGUUUUGGAACUAGCAAUCAGAUCUACGCCACUAGACCGCAAUCUCCCGAUCCGCCGUCUAUUCCGCCUCGCGCCACCAGGCAGACUCGUACGACGUCAACGCCCUGGGGUUUUAGCGAUCCAGAGACAAAGCGGAAGAAAAGGAUUGCCAAGUAUAAAGUUUACACAGUGGAAGGCAAAGUCAAGACGUCUUUGAAGAACGGGCUGCGUUGGAUCAAGAACAAGUGCUCAAAGAUCAUCCAUGGUUACUAA